AUGGCCCCUGUCAAGCUUGCAGAGUAUCUAUUCACUCGGUUGCGCCAACUGGGCGUCGAGUCGGUCCAUGGAGUCCCCGGCGACUUCAACUUGACCAUGCUGGACCACGUCGAGCCCGCAGGACUCAACUGGGUUGGCAACGCCAACGAGCUCAACGCUGCCUAUGCCGCCGACGGCUAUUCCAGGAUCAUGGGUCUCGGUGCCAUCGUGACCACCUUUGGCGUGGGAGAGCUGUCUGCAAUAAACGCCAUUGCCGGCGCCUAUGCCGAGCUUGCCCCCGUCGUCCAUAUCGUUGGCACCCCUGCCCGACAAACCCAAGAGGCGCGCACCCUCAUGCACCACACCUUGAACGAUGGCGAGUAUAGGAGAUUCUCGCAAAUGCAUGCACAAGUUACCGUCGCGCAGACGCGACUCUGGGAUCCCCUGACAAGCGCCCAGCAAGUUGAUGACGCCCUUGCCAAGUGUCUGUUGCACUGUCGUCCCGUGUACAUUGAGCUCCCGGUGGACAUGGUGGACGCCCUUGUCUCUGCCGAGAGACUACAAACGCCAAUCUUUGUCCCGGAGCCGGAACCUACUGCCAACCUAGAUGAAGUCCUUGCCAAGAUCGUCAGCAAACUCGAAGCCGCCAGGCAACCCAUCAUUUACGUCGAUGGUGAAUCCAGACCUCUCCGCAUCGUCGACGCCGUGCAGCAGUUUGUUUCGACAACGAAAUGGCCAACUUUGACUUCUCCUUUCGGAAAGGGGUUGGUGGACGAGACAGAGUCCAACUUUGUUGGCGUCUAUCAGGGACAGUGGGGGGCCAAAGCCGUUCAUGACUUUGUGAAAGAGAGCGACUUGGCACUCUGUUUUGGUCCUCACUACAGCGGUACAAACACCUACAUGUGGAAUAGCAUCCCGCAAAGCAAAGAGGCUAUCGAGUUCACCACCUCUGGCAUCAAGAUUGGUUCGGAACUGUAUCGCGAUGUGUCUGCCAAACUGGUCCUAGCCCGUCUGCUCAAGGAACUCGAUGUAUCAAAGAUCAAAUCAUACAACCCUUUUCCCGCGCUACCCAAGUACGAGCUUCUUGCGCCAUCAGCAGCCCCUGGCGACGACAUCAUCAAGCAAGACAAGGUGUGGAAGAUCCUGGCCAAUCUCAUUCAACCCGGAGACAUCGUCAUGGGAGAGACCGGCACGCCUGGAUUUGGUGUCCGCGAGAUGCCAAUGCAGAAACACUGCCGCGUUUUCAGCCACGUUACGUGGCUCUCCAUCGGGUACAUGCUCCCAGCCGCUCAGGGCGCUGCGCUCGCACAAAAGGAGCUCAUUGCGUCUUCGAAAUGGCACGGAAUCAAAAAGGCCAAGACGAUCCUGUUUAUCGGCGAUGGAAGCUUUCAAAUGACGGCGCAAGAAAUGUCAACCAUGAUCAAGCACGGGCUCGACAUUGUGAUUGUGCUGAUCAAUAACGAUGGAUACUCUAUCGAGAGAUUCAUCCACGGCAGGAAGCAGGGGUAUAAUGACGUUGCCAGAUGGCGAUACCUCGAGGCGCCGAGCUUCUUCGGUGCCCCGAAGGACACGUACACGGCCUCGGCCAAGACCUGGGCCGAGCUGAAGACCAUACUUGGGAAUGACGAGGUGAACAACACACGGGGGUUGUCCAUGAUUGAGGUUGUCAUGGAGCGGGAAGAUGCUCCGCCUGGUCAGCUCCAAAAGGUGUUGGAUAUGCAGAUUGCAAGGGAGCCCAAGAAUUAG